AUGGGCCUACAGCACACAACCCCAGCAACGCAAACCGCCAUCAUCGCCGGCCCCAACGGCGAGUUUCAAGUCUCGCACGAUGUCCCCGUCACCCCCCUCGCAGACGACGAAAUCAUCAUGAAGACCGAAGCCGUCGGCCUCAACCCCGUCGACACCAAGCUCGCCGGCCCCUUCAUCACGCCCGGCGCAAUCUUCGGCUUCGACUGCGCGGGCGUGAUCGUGGCCGUCGGACCCAAGGUCGACAACGGCCUGGCCAUCGGCGACCGCGUGUGCGGGAGUGCUCGAGGCAUGAACCCCGAUAAACCACUGGGAGGGGCCUUUGCAGAGUACGUGAUGCUGCCGGCGGAUUUGACCCUGCGCAUCCCGCCGGCCAUGUCGUUUGCCGAGGCGGCGUCGCUGGGCACUGCGCUGGUGUCGGCUUGUAUGGCGCUCUUCUGGACGAUGAAGAUUCCGGCCAGUCUGCAGGAACCGGCGCAGAAGCCAUUCGCUGUUCUUGUUUAUGGAGGGAGUACCGCGACUGGGACUAUGCUGCUGCAGGUGUUGAAGAUAUGCGGCGUCCAAACCAUAACAACCUGCUCGCCCAAGAACUUCGACCUCGUGCGCUCCUACGGCGCCGACCAAGUCUUCGACUACAGCUCGCCCACCUGCGCAUCCGAAAUCCGGUCCUGCACGCGCAACAACCUCAAAUACGCCGUCGACUGCAUCGCCAGCGACGCCACGCUCAAGAUCUGCUACAGCGCGAUCGGGCGCGCGGGCGGGCAGUAUAUCGCGCUGAACCCGUUCCCCGAGCACCUGGCCACAGAGCGCAAGGUGGUCAAGCCCGACUGGAUCCUGGCGACGCUGAUUACGGGCGAGGGCUCGAAGUGGCCGGAGCCGUAUAAUCGGGAGCCGGAUUUGGAGAUACGGAAGCUGGCGAAGCCGGCGUAUGGGGCUGUGCAGAGGUUGAUGGAUGAGGGGAGGUUGAGGGCGCAUCCGUUGAGGGUGGACGGUGGGGGGUUUGAGGCGGUGUUGGAGGGAGUGGAGGAGUUGCGGAGGGGAGAUAUUAGUGGUCAGAAACUGGUGUAUUGUUUGAAUUAG